CCGCAGAGUUAAUUUCAUUACGUACUAAUCUUUCGCCUUUUACUAAAGAUUACCGUGGAAUUGACUCGACUCGAUGCGGCUUCACAAAUUUCUGACCUCCCUUUGGGAGGACCUGCCUUCACUUCAACCGUUCUGCCAUCACGUUUCACAACCAUUGCCCUCAUCCAGAUUUACCUGUUGGAUUCGCCCAUCCCACUUGGCAUGUGCCUUCCCAUCACGCCACGAACGAUGGCUGGUGGCCUCUCGAUUCGAUACCACAUCAUGGGGCGACUACAGUUCAUCAUGGAUUUGUGUUUGACGUCCACAAGCGGUGUGGAGACACUGCCGCAUUGUUUUGGAGCAUACCCUGAACGAAAGGACGUCGUCAACAGUCAAACAGCGCGUCCACCGCCAUGGCGAUCUUGACGCUGCCAUCGUUUAAAAAGGACACAAGUAUCCGGAUACCGGAUGAUGACCACUUCCUGUUCGGCCGUCAAGUGGCGUCGUCGACCCGCAUGCUAUCUGCCAUCGCCCACCGCUCGUUCAGCUCUGCCACGCGACCGUUCCGCGUCCUGGGCAUCCAGCAAGUCGCCGUGGGUGGGCUAAACAAAGACGCUCUCAAAGACCUGUGGGUGGACACGCUCGGUUUGACGUACAAGUCGUCGUUCCGCAGCGAACGUGAAAACGUCGACGAAGACAUUUUGGAAGCAGGACGUGGCCCGUUUGCAGUCGAAGUUGACAUCAUGCAACCCAUCGAUGCCGACAAGGCACCCAAGGUGCACGUUCCUCAGCUCAACCACUUGGGUUUGUGGAUUGACGACUUGCCCAAGUGCGUUGACUCGCUUACAAAGCAAGGCAUGCGCUUUACCCCCGGCGGCAUCCGCAAGGGAGCGGCCGGCUACGACGUCGUGUUCAUCCAUCCCAAAGGCAACGACGCGUUCCCUCUAUCUGGCGAAGGUGUCCUGAUCGAACUCGUCCAAGCCCCACCGCAUGUCAUCGCUGCCUUUGACGCCAUCAAGGAGUAAAUGACUGUAACAAACCAGUCGUGCAAGUAUGCUCUAUCGGUUUGCUUUCAUUCAAGAAGCACUUCUGUACCGCUCGUUCCUCUCUCCACGUGCGAGACCACCAUAGCUCUCCUUGCCCGCAUGCAGUCGCCUUUACUCGUCGAACAAGGGAGUUGCCGUGUGUAAACAUAUUGCCUUACCACAACUAGUCGAUCCAGGAAUCGUGAAUUGCAGCAGGCUCCUUCGUUGAUUGCGCGCGAUGGAAGAGCAGGUGGGCUGUGCAUCCAAGCUCGCCACCGACGCAGCAGCCGAUCUCAGCCACAGGUUUUACGUUGGCAGAGAGAGCGAGGUCAAGAAAGAGGCUUUGUCGUUGCCGUGGAUCGACUCGUUUUCAACCUGACGUCAAUG